UGCGUGUGUGUGGUGCAUUGUGUGCGUGUAUCUGUGUGCGUGCGUGUUUGUGCAUGUGCGUGUGGGAGUGCGCGUGCGUACAGGAUGUUGUCAAGCGUGUUUUCUCCGAUGAAACCACAGAACAAUUUUACUCACGCAAAGCAUGUGCAUGUGAACUGAAGGAUGGCGGUGGUUUUAUCUGACGGUUUAUGCGUCCUGCUGUCUCGGCUGCUGUGUGCGCGAGCGCUGACCGGUGCGCUCGUGGUGUGUGCGCUUGCGCUCGUGUUGGUCCUCUCCGCUCGCCUCACGCAGGUGAUAUGGAAACGCAAGCGCCUCUCCUGCUUCAGCUGUCCGCCACAGCGCAACUGGUUCAUGGGACACAUGGGCAUCAUUCGGUCUGAUGAAGUGGGUCUUCAGGAUCUGGAUAAGCUGAUAAAGACGUACCGUCACUCUUGUGCCUGGUUUCUCGGCCCCUUUUAUAACCUUGUGCGCUGUUUUCAUCCUGACUACAUCAAGCCAUUGCUUAUUGCCUCUGCUUCCAUUACAUUUAAAGAUGAGCUGUUCUAUGGGUUUAUGAGACCAUGGCUUGGACAGGGACUUCUGCUGAGUAAUGGAAAACAGUGGUCUCGGCAGCGUCGUCUUCUCACUCCGGCCUUCCACUUUGACAUCCUGAAAAACUACAUUCAUAUUUUUAACAGCUCCACCAACACCAUGCAUGAAAAGUGGCGCCGCCUUCUGGCAGAAGGAAAGAAUGACUUUGACAUGUUUGAACACGUGAGCUUGAUGACUCUGGACAGCCUCCUGAAAUGCACUUUCAGCUAUGAUAGCCACUGCCAGGAAAAUUGUAGUGAGUACAUAUCUGCCAUUUAUGAGCUGAGUGAUUUGGUGGUGAAGAGACAGCGCUACCUCCCUCAUCACUGGUACUGGCUGUAUAAGCGUUCUGCAGAAGGACAACGUUUCCUUCGUGCCUGCAAAAUUGUCCACAGCUUCACUGCCGGUGUCAUAGAAGAACGCCGUUCCCAGUUCCUCCAUCAGGGACAGACAGAAAACCCCACACAAACUAAUACGACAGGAAACAAGAGAAGAGCAGCUGAUUUUAUAGAGCUGCUGCUUCUGUCAAAGGAUGAGAAUGGAGAAGGCCUGACCAAUGAGGAGAUUAAAGCGCAUGCAAACACAUUUAUGUUUGCAGGUCAUGACACUACGGCGAGCGCCAUCUCCUGGAUUUUGUAUAAUCUGGCCAUGAACCAGGACUUUCAAGACCGCUGUCGUUCUGAGAUCAAUGAUCUUCUUGAAGGCCGAGACACCGACGAGAUUGUCUGGGAAGACCUCAGUAAACUGACCUUCACCACCAUGUGCAUUAAGGAAAGUUUGAGGCUUCAUUCACCCGUUUUGGCUUUAACCCGAUACUACUCUCAGGGUAUAAAUCUUCCUGAAGGACGCACCGUACCAGAGGAAACUAUCUGUCUGAUCAGUAUUUAUGGCAUCCAUCAUAAUCCAGAUGUGUGGCCUAAUCCAAAGGUGUAUGACCCCAUGAGAUUCGACCCUGACAACCAGAAACAGCGCAACCCAUAUGAUUUUGUUCCUUUUUCUGCUGGACCCAGGAACUGUAUAGGUCAGAACUUUGCCAUGGCAGAGAUCCGAGUGGUUCUGGCUCUCACUCUAAGAAGAUUCAGACUUCAUCCAGGGUCUAGAGCUCCAAGUCGUCUUUAUAUGCUUACGUUGAGAACAGAGAGGGGGCUGCCUCUAAUGCUGGAACCCCUGUCAUCGCUACAAAACUAAGCACACACACAAACACACACACACACACACACACAUAUAUAUAUAUAUGUAUAUACAGCAGGCUAAUAUGCCUAACUGAGGAAUUGCAAAGCCACCUAAUUUCUGUGCAGGAUAUGAUCAUAAAUUCAUAACAGUUCAUCCUAAAGAGGAAAAAAAAUAAACAUCCUAAAGAGGUUUAUCAAAAAAUAAACACACAUUA